GGCGGACCCAGAGCCAGGCAGAAUAAGGAUCUGGACACCCCACCUUCUGGGAGGGGUGGGUCUGGACUUUGUCUUCCCCAUCCAGGAGUAUCUGGGCUUGGCCUAUGCGGUACUUUUGCCAGUGUGUGCCUUAAGACAGAACCUGGCAAAGAGGGGGGAAGCGAACCUUCACCCAUAUUGAAGGCUGCUUUGGAGCACAGAGUGAAGAUGGAAAAGCAGGACUUGGCUGGCCCUGGAUUAGGAAAAUCCCCUGAGACCGUUCAGGAUGGGAGCAGUGGAGGAUUCUGGGAAAGAACUGUGCAGAGGAUCCAGGACGAGGACAACAGCUGCCCAGAAGUACACUACCAGAGCUUCCAGCAAUUCGGCUACCAGGAGGCCGAGGGCCCCCGAAAGGUUUGCAGCCGACUCCACCAACUCUGCCGUCGGUGGCUGAAUCCAGAGCGACACACCAAGGCUCAGAUGCUGGACCUAAUGAUCCUGGAGCAGUUCGUGGCUGUCCUUCCACCGGAGAUAGAGAGCUGGGUGAGAGAAUGUGGUCCGGAGACUAGUUCCCAGGCGGUGGCUCUGGCAGAAGGUUUCCUCUUGAGUCAGGCGGAGGGCAAGAAGGAGACAGAGCAGCAGGCCUUGGACUCCCCAUUGAUUUCUGCAGUCCUUGCCUCAAGGCAGAAAUUGGAGCGCAAGUCAAAUAAGGAAUGGAAAGACCCGGCUGUCCUGGAAGCUGGACAAGCGUAUAAUACCGUUGUGGCAAGGAACAGUGGAGGAUUCUGGGAAAGUACUCUGAAGAAGGACCUAGACGAGGGCAUCCUCAGCUCAAACGUACAGCGCCAACGCUUCAGGCAGUUCCUUUACCAGGAGGCCAAAGGGGCUGGAGAGGACCUGUUUACCCAAGAGGCCUCUGACAGCCCUGAGGUACGGACGCCUCCAUCAAUACCCGGAGAUGGACCAAGGAUGAGGGAAAUAAUUGCCAGCCCAUCUCUUCAUUGUGAUGCACUCAGAACAACUUCUGGGAAAAUGGAUCCGGUGGCCUUUGAGGACGUGGCUGUGUAUUUCACAAAGGAGGAAUCCGCCCUGCUGGAUGCCGACCAAAGAGCCCUACACAGAGAAGUGAUGGAGGAGAUUUGUGGCAUUGUGGCCUCUCUGAGAGGCAAUGUGUGUGAAGGAGGAGGUGGAGCACGGAAGUCAUCAUUGAGCAAAAGAACUGAAGCAAAACGGAAGAGGAAGGAUGAAACUUCUGCUUCUCAGGACGGUGACACUUGUACAAUCCAAGUCCACAAAAUAAUGCACAAAGCGAAGGCGAGGUGUAAUUGCCCUCGGUGUGGGAAUGGCUUCAGUUGUAAAUCAGGUCUUCUCAAUAGGGGAACUCCUGAAGAGGAGAAAUCUUUCAAAUGUGGUGAGUGUGGAAAAACCUUCAGUAUAAGGAAAUACCUCAAUUGCCAUCAAAGAAUUCACACAGGAGAGAAACCAUUUAAAUGCUUGGAAUGCGGAAGGAGCUUCAGCCAAAGAGGAAAUCUUAUGUCACACCAAAGAAUUCACACAGAGGAGAAAUCAUUUAAAUGCUUGGAAUGUGGAAAGAGCUUCCAUCGGAAUUCAGAACUUCUCUCACACCAAAAAAACCACACAAGGGAGAAACCAUUUACAUGUUUGGAAUGUGGAAAGAGCUUCAGUUGGAACUCAUACCUUAUUACACACCAAAGAAUUCACACAGGGGAGAAACCCUUUAAAUGCUUGGACUGUGGAAAGCGCUUCAGUCAGAGUUCAAGCCUUAUGAGACACCAAAGAAUCCACACAGGGGAGAAACCAUUUAAAUGUUUGGCAUGUGGAAAGAGCUUCAGUCAGAGCUCACGCCUUGCGGCACACCAAAUUAUUCACACAACGGAGAACGCAUUUAAAUGCUCAGAGUGUGAAAAGACCUUCAGUCAGAGUUCACAACUUAUGGAACACCAAAAAUAUCACAAAGGGGGGAAACCAUUUAAAUGCUCGGAGUGUGGAAAGAGCUAUUGGAGAAGGGAUUUCUUUAUUUUACAUCAAAAAAAAAGUCACACAGCAAGCAGUGGUAAUGUCACCGGAUGGCAACGGCGGUUUAGGGCCAUAGCUCCAUGGCCCGUAAUAACCUUAAAAGCACAGAACAUUUUUGAAAAUACUAGGAAUCAAGACCUGUAAGUAUGAACCCCUAAGUCAUGCAGCAGGAAGCUUCUGGCACACGCGAGAAAGAUUUGAAACCAUGUUUUGGUGCCAGAAGCCACCACUCUGUCACUUCUGAACUUUGUAACGAAGACUCAGAUGUGGUACCUGAACCAGUUUAUCACAAUAAAACCCCAAACUUGCUUUGCUGAAUUUCUUUGUGACCAUGCAUAAGGACAUGUUCUAU